AUGAGGACAGCGGCGGCAGCGACAGCGGUGGUGUGCGCACUGGCCGCGGCGGCGGCGGAGGUCGUGAGGCGGAGGACGCGCCGGUGGCCGCGGGCGGAGGAGAUCGUGAGGCAGCUCGAGGAGGCGUGCGCGACGCCGACCGAGAGGUUGAAGCAGGUGGCUCAGGCGAUGGCGGCUGAGAUGCACGCUGGCCUCCUCGCGGCAGACGCCGGCGGGAGCAAGCUCAGGAUGCUACCCAGCUUCGUCGACAAGCUCCCGACGGGGGAUGAAGAAGGACUGUUUUAUGGAUUGGACCUCGGAGGAACAAACUUCCGCGUUCUUCGAGUACAGCUAGGUGGGAAGGAAAGAGGUAUCAUCGAACAAGAAAGCAAAGAGGUUCCCAUUCCCCCGCACUUGAUGUUUGGAAGCUCUGAUGAGUUAUUCGAUUUCAUCGCGAUAGAAUUAGCAGACUUUGCUGCCAAAGAUUGUCUCAUAGAAGGUGACAGACAGAGAGAGAUUGGCUUCACAUUCUCUUUCCCAAUGAGGCAGUCUUCAGUUUCAGCUGGAGUUCUUGUCAAGUGGACUAAGGGUUUCUCUAUCGAUGAGACUGUUGGAAAAGAUAUAUCUGUUGAGCUGACUAAAGCCAUGGAGAGGCAACAUCUUGACAUGCGCAUCGCAGCGCUGGUAAACGAUGCAGUCGGCACAUUGGCAGGUUCCAGAUACUAUGAUAACGAUGUUGUUCUUGCUGUCAUUCUUGGAACUGGAACAAAUGCAGCCUAUGUAGAAAGUUCAAGUGCAAUCCCCAGAUACCAUGGCCUUCAACCUCAAUCAGGGGAGAUGGUUAUAAACAUGGAAUGGGGCAACUUCCAGUCAUGUCAUCUUCCCAUAACAGAGUAUGACCGAGAAUUAGACUGGGAGAGCAUCAACCCUGGUGAACAGAUCUUUGAGAAGUUGAUCUCAGGGAUGUAUCUGGGAGAACUUGUGAGACGAGUCCUGUUGAGAUUAGCAGAAGAAGCUGCUCUGUUCGGUGAUACUGUUCCCUCUAAACUCGAAGAACGUUUCAUACUAACGACUCCGGUGGUGUCUGCCAUGAAUCACGAUACGACAUCCAAUCUCGGCGUCGUCGGGAGCAAGUUGAAGGAGAUAUUUGGGGUGGAUGGCACCUCCAUGGACACAAGAAGAAUGGUUGUAAGGAUCUGCGACGCGAUCGCGGAGCGCGCGGCUCGACUUGCUGCCGCAGGGAUAGCAGGUGUUCUCUUGAAGCAGAGGAGGGUUGGCAGUGAUGAUGGGAAGAAGAAGGCUGUAGUAGCUGUGGAUGGGGGGCUCUUCGAGCACUACAGCAAGUUUCGGAGAUGCGUGGAGAGCACAUUGCGGGAGCUGCUUGGAGAAGAUGACUCCGAGUCUGCUGUGAUCAAGCUGGCCAAUGAUGGUUCGAGCAUUGGAGCUGCUCUUGUUGCAGCCUCCCACUCUCAGUACAAUGCAACGAGAUGCGUGGAGAGCACAUUGGACGAGAUGCUGGGAGAAGAUGACUCCAAGUCUGCCGUGACCAAGCUCGCCACUGAUGGUUCGAGCAUUGGCGCUGCUCUUGUUGCAACCUCGCACUCUCAGUCCGAUGCGAUGAGAUGCGUGGAGAGCACAUUGGAGGAGAUGCUGGGAGAAGAUGACUCCGAGUCUGCUGUGACCAAGCUGCCCACUGAUGGUUCGAGAGUUGGCGCUGCUCUUGUUGCACCCUCGCACUCUCAGUCCGAUGCAAUGAGAUGCGUGGAGAGCACAUUGGAGGAGAUGCUGGGAGAAGAUGACUCCGAGUCUGCUGUGACCAAGCUGCCCACUGAUGGUUCGAGCAUUGGAGAUACUCUUGUUGCAGCCUCGCACUCUCAGAACAACGCAAUGGGAUGCGUCCAUAAUACAUUGGAGGAGAUGCUGGGAGAAGGCGACUCCGAGUCUGCUGUGACCAAGCUGGCCACUGAUGGUUCGAGCGUUGGCGCUGCUCUUGUUGCAGCCUCGCACUCUCAAGAUAAUGCAAUGAGAUUCGUGGAGAGCACAUUGGAGGAGAUGCUGGGAGAAGAUGACUCCGAGUCUGCUGUGACCAAGCUGGCCACUGAUGGUUCGAGAGUUGGCGCUGCUCUUGUUGCACCCUCGCACUCUCAGUCCGAUGCAAUGAGAUGCGUGGAGAGCACAUUGGAGGAGAUGCUGGGAGAAGAUGACUCCGAGUCUGCUGUGACCAAGCUGCCCACUGAUGGUUCGAGCAUUGGAGAUACUCUUGUUGCAGCCUCGCACUCUCAGAACAACGCAAUGGGAUGCGUCCAUAAUACAUUGGAGGAGAUGCUGGGAGAAGGCGACUCCGAGUCUGCUGUGACCAAGCUGGCCACUGAUGGUUCGAGCGUUGGCGCUGCUCUUGUUGCAGCCUCGCACUCUCAAGAUAAUGCAAUGAGAUUCGUGGAGAGCACAUUGGAGGAGAUGCUGGGAGAAGAUGACUCCGAGUCUGCUGCGACCAAGCUGGCCACUGAUGGUUCGAGCAUUGGAGAUGCUCCUGUCGCAGCCUCGCACUCUCAGUACAACGCAAUGAGAUGCGUGGAGAGCACAUUGGAGGAGAUGCUGGGAGAAGGCGACUCCGAGUCUGCUGUGACCAAGCUGGCCACCGAUGGUUCAAGCGUUGGCGCUGCUCUUGUUGCAGCCUCGUACUCUCAGUAUGAUGCAAUGAGAUUCGUGGAGAGCUCAUUGGAGGAGAUGCUGGGAGAAGAUGACUCCGAGUCUGCUGUGACCAAGCUGGCCACUGAUGGUUCGAGCAUUGGAGAUGAUAUUGUUGCAGCAGCCUCUCAUUCUCAGUUCAAUGCAAUGAGCUCUAGCAGUUACGAAGAAGGUUAUUGA